GAUACCGAAUUCAAAUAAAUCAAUACCAGCCCCGCUUAGUGUUGUGCCGCGCGCACUGCAGAGUGCACUGGCACGGUGCAGUGGUUUUGUCUUUGAGUCAAAGUAACAGUUGCGAUUGCUGUGUACUGCUGUAUCUACUGCCUACUGAUCAGAUUGAAGUCAGGCUGACUCACGGUGGUGUGCGUUCAACCGUGUUGAUUAGCCAUGUCCAGACCAGAGUGUGGGUCCUGUAGAAGUAGUGGUAAGCAUGGCAAGCUGCUGAAGUGUCUGCACGCAUUGUGUGUCGAGUGUUUGGAAAAGCACAUCAGUAGCAAGGGCUCUGUGGGUUGUCCUGAAUGUGGAACAACCACUCCACCACCACACAGAGGUGUGCCCUUGCUGCAGUACCUGCCGGACAGUGAUGUGUCUAGUGAUGGGCUUGGUGAUGAGGUAGCUGCUGCAAGUGCGGGCCGUAAGAAGUUGUGUGAUGAAUGUGUUGAGGAUACUGCAGCAGUGGCUGUUUGUAUGGACUGUGGUGAUAAUCUCUGCACUGACCACGCCAAAGGACACCCAACCUCACGCAGAUCAUACAAACACAAGGUUGCGGCACUCGGUGAGACUGCGGGAUAUACAGGUGGUAGAACACCAGCCAGCCAUCACAAAUGCUCAUUCCACCCCUCGUUUGUACAGGGUUCGUAUUGCUUGAGUUGUGAGCAGCUAGUGUGCAAGCAAUGUCUAAGCGGUGGUGAUCAUGCUGCUCACAAUGUGCAGACUAUCAUUGAUGCAUCUUCUAGCAUUCGUCAGUCCUUGAAAGCCAAGCUGACUAGCACGUCACAUGGAGGUGGCUGUGUUUUUGAAGAGUCGAUCCAGAAGUCUGAAGCUGCACUGAGUGGACUCCGUGAUGAGACUGAAGGCGUAUCCUCCCGGAUCAAUGACGUUUUUGGUGGCCUGAAGAAAGCCAUUGAAAAACGUCAACAGGAGCUUCUGGAUGAGGUGGAUCGACUGCAGUUGUCACAUCUUCUUCCCCUUGAAGACCAAAAGCAGCAGGUACUUGCUGGUGACUCGUAUCGCAAGAAAGUUCAACACCUGGCAGAGAACUGCAAUGAGGAUGUGAACUUUUUGAAGAUGAGUAGAUGGCUGGAGGAAGCAGCAAAGAAUGCUGUGAGUGCGUCCCAGAGAGAUGUGACGGUGUUUGCACCAGAAACUCUAUUGUUUUCACCAUACCACGUCGAGGAGCUGACUGCAGCCAUUGCCAGAACUGGUUUCGUGAGUGACAAUGGUAUGCUGUCAUCGGAGAAGAGUACCAUGACUACUGCAGCCAGUGUUGAGGAGGGAGACGACCUUACCGUGAUCAUUGAGCCAAAGAAUGGCCACGGUGAUAGUCUGGCUGUGACGGAGGCACAUUUGUCUGGUGUUCACGUUGAAGUAACGUCAGUGGACAACACCACCGACACCAUUCAGCCUGUGCUGAUGCCAGACAGCAGUCGUAAUGAAGGCACUAGCAUGAUUGCAACGUUCAAGACGACCGGAAAGAAGGGUUCAGUGCAGGUAUCAUCCAUGAUCGGAGAUCACCAUGUAUCUGGAAGUCCUGCCACGGUUACCAUCAUGGAACCGGUUCAGUUCGAUCCCAGCCAAUGUCAUGCUGAUCUUGUACUGUCAAACAACAACCAAACGGUUACUCGUGGAGCUGCUCAUAACAUGGAGUGGAGGUCAGUCUGUGGCCUGAGGAAAUGGUGUAGCGGCAGACACGAGAUAUCCAUCCGCCUUGAUCGCAUCAAUGCUGGUAGUGUUGAACACAUGUUUUUCUUGUGUAAUGCUCACCUUCCAAAACUAGACACAUUUCGAAUGGGAAAGACUGCCUUAUUUGGAUGGUACAGCCACAACAUCCAUGGCGGUGACUGGACAGGCAGUGCACUGAGUCAGCCAUGGCAAGCCGGUGACGUAAUCCAUAUGUCAUUGGAUUGUGACAAUCACACGUUAGUUGGUCGUCAUGAGCGCACCGGAGCAACCCAGGCACUGACUAACGUGACAGGUGAACUCUACCUCUACAUCAGCCUGUACCACAGUGGAGACCAAGUUACUAUUAUUUGAAGCUUCAAUCCUCUCGAUUUUCAAGAGCACGGUGAUGUCACUGAUGUGUGUGCAGGCGCGCCGGAACCGGUCCGGUUGGUCAGGUCGUAACCAGAACAACCUUUUGGUCACCAACACAUGUGUACUGCUGAGGAGGUUAUCUGUGCCCGGCAUAUCUUACACGAAGUAAGAAAGGCUACCAUGUAGCCGGACCAAUCAAAAACUGCUUCCGCUGGUCCUACUUAUACAGGGUACCUUGCUAUCCUGUGCCUAGCAUGCCCUGGUUUGAAAACCACAAAGCUCGCGAUCGGUGAAGGCAUGCGUCUCUCUCUCUCUCUUUCUCUCUCUCUCUCUCAGGCUCUCUCUCUCUCUCUCUCUCUCUCUCUCUCUCUCUAUUCUAUUUGACGAUUUGUAGAUGACACGAUCGCCUUGCUUUCCAGUGCCAGUGGUUUGAAAACCAUGAAUCUUCUGAUCAAAGGCAUACGUCAUUUCUCUCUACUUUCAAGUUCUUGCAUCUGCCUGGUUCUGCCGGUACAUAUGGCCUAUGACAGUAUGAGUUAAAGAACUUUCAAAGAAAAAUGUAAUAUCUCUCAAGUUGUUUACUUACACCCCUGAUCCCACUAGUUAAUGUAGUGUCCAUUUGGUGUUUGUCUUUACACAGUGUGUGUUUUAGUUCCUCUUGUCUCACUUCUCACCUUCUCUUUCCCUUCUUAUUAUCUCCCCUUGUGCAUAAAUCCUUCAUUAAAUGUAUCACCUAGUUGUAAUGGUUGCCACCCUUGUGAUGCUACUUAUCCUCAGUUUCAUUGGUUCUGGUUGCUUGGAUUUCAUUUGAAGAGAAUGCCCGAAACCUGGUUCAUGAAUUUCAGAAUCCUUAUUGCUGAUGACGGUGAAGAAUAGCUUGAGAUU